GUUUUUGUUUUUGUGUUUUUAAUUUUCGUAGUUUUUUUGUUUUUCUUCUCUCUGGAGGCGUCAGUGGGUCCCGUCUCUGCGGAAGAAAAGCUGGGCCCCCCGUCAUCUUGGCGGAUUUGUUUUUACCGAAAUUUCGAAAGUUUCAGGGAGUUCUGGAGAAUUGGAAGAAUCGACGAGGGGGUAAAGGAUUACAAAAAUAGAAAGUGAAAGGGGAGGAUGGUGAGGUGCGCGUCUGUCUCCAUGCCCAACAAGAAGAGUGAUUGGGAGAGAGGGAGAGGAUGAGUGAGAGAGAGAAAAACAAAGCAUCGUCAAUCGCAAUCGCAUCGUCGUCAUCGUCGUCAUCGUCGUCCUACGGCGUCAAUGGACAGCUAGGAGUUGCGUAUGUCGACACUACACUGGAGGAUCAUGUGUUUCACUCUUUUGGAGUUACGGCGAGCGAGGUGAUUCAUUUCAAGUUUGGAGUUGUUUUGGAGGUGUGGAUAUUCUUGCUGAAGAUGUUGGGGCGAAUUUUCAACGCGGUUUACUGGUUUCUGGAUUCGUACCAGGAAGUUAGUGGAUAACCAUCCGGUGUUGGUAGUGCUGCUAUGUCUGUGUGAAGUGUGUUUAUCGGUAGCUUCUUUUGAUCAAGGUGGUCGCCACGAUCAGCGUCGGUUGCGUUCUUUUUGCUAAAGCUGUUCAUUUUUGAAACGAAGAGUGUUAAACUGACAUGGGGCUUACCACUUCGCGUGGGAGGAGUAUGACAACAGAGUAAACCUAUUGCAUCACCUCUGAAUAGCUCUCCAAUACCUUUUUUUUUUUUUUUUUUUUUUUUUUUUUUUUUUUGGUUUUUGGGGUUUUUGCUUUUUUCUUCCAGGACUUUUCGCGGUCGAGGGAUGUUUCUUUCUGAUUUCAGUGGGUGGAGGAGGAGCAACCUUAACGUACCUAGGGGUAUUUCGGCUCUUCAGUGAUUGUUAUCGAAUUCCUCCUCACUCGAGAUGUCUAAUCGUGGAUGGUCCGACCAGCAGAAAUUGGUGAAAUUGUAGUUCCGCUCCUUGUAGCUUGGCACAGUUUCAGCGCCCAAUGCGCUUGCAAAUAUUUCCCCUGUAAUUUUCCACUCUGAGUGUGUCCAAUCCUCGUAAGAAUUCCUCUUGAUAAUUCAUUCUGCGAAGUAGGAGUCAAUUUAGCACGAAAUCGCCUCAUGAAUUUAAAAGUUUCGAUUGCUUUCCGUAGUAGCUUCUCUUUCGUGUGCGCCCACCCUCUAGGUUGAAGUGCAUAAGUAAAGGCUCCUGAAAUCGGCCACCGCAAUGCAGCCGCUCAGCUGGUGGGUGCAGUGCUUGGUGCUCCGGACACUGCCUGGACCGCUGCAGCGGUUGAGUCGAUCAUCAGGAUCAGGUGAAGAUGACGAUGGCGGAGAGGCGGCGCCUUUGCGGACGGACAGAUCUCCCUCGCCUCCCACGUGCGGUUCAUUCAAAGCCUGCAGGAAUGGAGCCUUCUGUUUGGCGGCCGCCCUAGCAAUGACUGUGCUUAUCGUCCUUGUUAUGCAUUUAUUCCUGGAUUUCCGGCCAGCCCCUUCUCAUAAGGAGAGUUGGCAACAUAUGUUUGUUCAGUCCAUUGACAACAACAGCAUCAGUAAUCACUUGAAGGAAAUCACCAAGGAACCUCAUGUGGCCGGUACUGCGGAGAAUUUCAAGACAGCUGAGUAUGUAGAGUAUACUUUUAAGGCCUAUGGCCUGGAUGCGCAUCACAAGGAUUACGACGUACUAUUGACUUACCCUUUGCAUCGAUUGUUGGUGCUCACACAGCCGGACCAUGAACCAAUUAAAUUCUCUCUGAAAGAAAAAGCUGUUGCUGGUGAUCCAUACAGCAAUAGGUCAAAUAUUAUCCCAACUUUUCAUGCAUACGCCCCGUCGGGAAAUGCUUCCGCUGAGGUCGUGUAUGCCAACUACGGGCGUCGAGAGGAUUUCCAGAAACUUGCCCAGCUCGGUUUAAAGGUUGAGGGGGCUAUCGUUAUUGCGAAAUAUGCUAAGAUAUAUCGCGGGGACAUUGUUGAGAAUGCAGCACAAGCAGGAGCUGUCGCAGUUGUGAUUUACUCUGAUCCUCUGGAUUAUGGAAACAACGCUACUCAAGGGUACUAUCCUUCUUCGCAAUGGUUACCUCCAAGUGGUGUGCAGCGAGGCUCCGUGUUUAGAGGAAUUGGUGACCCCCAGACGCCAGGUUGGGCGAGCGAAUCAGGCGCUGAAAGAUUAUCUGUGGAUGACCCUGCUGCCCAGUUGCCUCGAAUCCCAUCAAUGCCAAUCUCUGCCGAAGAUGCUCUCCCAAUUUUAAGGUCCUUGGGUGGUCCGGUAGCUCCGAUUGAGUGGCAAGGAGGUCUUGAGUUAUCAGAAUACAAGUUGGGCCGUGGUCCAGGGAGACUUGACCUCUCGUAUGUGGCCAACCAGACGGUGACUCCCAUUCGUAAUGUUUUUGCUACAAUCGUGGGGUCACAAGAGCCCGACAGGUUGGUACUGCUCGGUAAUCACCGCGACGCAUGGACGUUUGGAGCUGUGGAUCCGAACAGUGGCACAGCGACACUCUUAGAGCUGGCCAGGGGAUUUGGAAAGCUUAUGGAGCAAGGUUGGCGUCCUCAUAGGAGCAUUGUGCUGUGCAGCUGGGAUGCUGAAGAAUACAGCAUGAUAGGGUCAACUGAAUGGGUGGAGCAAAACAUUGAUGUUCUCGAUGCGAGCGCAGUUGCAUACAUGAAUGUAGAUUGCGCUGUGGCUGGGCCAGGUUUUAAUGCAGCAGCCUCUCCGCAGCUUGACGACCUACUAAUAGAAAUUACAAAGCAGGUGACAGACCCAGAUGACGACGACCAGAGCUUGUACGAGUCAUGGGUGGUCUCAAGCAACAAGAGUAACCCCUUUAUUGAUAGGUUAGGUGGCGGGGGCUCAGAUUUUGCAGCCUUUUUACAGCAUGCAGGCGUGCCAUCUACGGAUAUUUUCUUUGCUGCUGAUUAUCCUGUGUACCAUAGUACCUUUGACAACUACAAUUGGAUGACCAAGUUCGGUGAUCCAUUGUUUCAUCGUCACGUGGCUGUGACAAGUGUGUGGGGAUUAUUAGCCUUGCGGCUUGCGGAUGACGAAAUCCUGCCUAUGAAGUAUGAGGCUUAUGCGAAAGAGCUUCAUUCAUAUGCCCUUGAAAUAAACUCUGAGUUUUUAUCUUCGAAUGCUCCAGAAAGUGUUUCUAUUGCACCUCUUUUCUCGUCUAUCAAGGGCCUACAAGCCUCGACUCACCAAUUGGCUCAGGAAGUCGAGGCCUUAAAGCAGGAAGGGAUGCAAAUGCAAUCAGGACUGUCUUCGGGGAUUCUGUAUCGUCGGCGCGGACUCAACGACCGCUUACUGCGGGCAGAGCGUGCGUUUCUCGACAGUGAUGGACUUUCUGGUGCAUCUUGGUACAAGCAUCUGGUAUAUGGACGUGUUGCAAACAACAACUAUGGGUCGCUUUCUUUCCCAGGCAUCUGGGACGCUUUUCACCAGGCCACAGAAAGCAGCAACGAUACUGCAAACACAGCGAAGUGGGCGGCAGUGCAGCAUGAAAUAUUCCGUUGUGCACGUGUUAUAACGCGGGCAUCGCUUGUUCUGCAAGGCAAGAUCACGUGAUUGUCUACAGCACUACGGCUUAAUUCGAAAUAUCUGUAUCAAUUAGUCAUCCGUUCCCGAAUAGUUUGAGAUCGCCCCCUAUGCUAUGCCGGAUCAGGACGUGGAAUCUGAAAGUGCUGGGUGCAUAUGCACAUAAUCGUGAAUGAGAUGCCUACUCACAGGUCUGUACACAAUCUGCAUGAAGUGAGCACGUUUGACAACUUCUAGAAUGGUGAGAGGACAUGUCUGAAUCUGCCGAAGUUCAAUCUGAAGACUUCGAUUUUGCAUGGCUUGUAGUUGAUAGCAACAUGGUCAAAUGUGCAACUUAACCAGAGUUUUUUGGGUUUCUUCGCAAUGCUCAACUUUCUAGUCCUCAUCCGUGCUUUUCCUUUCCUUCCACUGAACCUUCACCUAUGAAAGCUGACUGACAAGACGGCAUUGUUCAUAUGUAUUGCUUGACUACAGUUUCCAGUUCUUCGAGCACCACUUAGUCAAUAUGUAUCUCAUCUAACGGUAGCUCUUGGCUUACUCUUGCUAACGGAUCAUUCUCGCUGCUGGUAGAAUUUGCAGUGUUGCUUCUGGGCAUCUGCAUUUUAUUCACAAUAUAUUAUACUAUUGUUCACA